AUGGGAACAAGGCAAGCCGACACAUACAUGACCGGUCCCCAGAGAGACUUCCAGCCUGGAAGAACCUCCUCCCACCCAGUGCCUGUGCCUAGCAACAACUGGCCUACUUCCUUCUCCCCCGAGGAGAUCCGUCAGGUCCAGACUAUCUACAGCAUCACCUUUGGUGCCACCUACACAGGCAAUAUUGUGAGUUUUUACCGCCGCCCCGUCCCCCAGCAACUUAUUACCGCAUCGAUUCGCUCCUCCGCCUCUCCAGGUAUGCCCCCGUCCAACACCUUCGGCCCACAACACCAUCAGAACGUAGGAACUGCUUCCCGACUCCUGGCCCCCAUCUUCAGCACGGGCUACGGGCACCGCUCAUCUGACAAUAACGAAAAGAUGACCCUCGAGGAUGAGCGACUCUGGAACCUGCUCCACAGCGCCUGGCUUCACAAUCACGACGUCUCCGUCAUACGCCAAUUCAAGGGAGAUUUGCUCCCUCUCAGCCAGUUCUGGGACGCGUUCAACCUCUAUUGCUCGCAGAACAACAUCCAGCAUGCUCACCGCGCCACCAACUGGUUCGUCGACCAGAAGUGGCAUCUUGAUAUCAAGGAGAGAGAUGCUCGCCAAGCGGAGCGGAAGAAGGAGCACGAGCAGCGGAUGGAAGAGAUGGGGGGCCAGUGGCAGGGCCCUCCCUACUAA